AUGUUCGACACGUCGGCGGUACCGAUUUUCACGGGACAAAACUACUCCGCGUGGAAGUUUAAGUUCGAAGUGCUCAUGAUGGAGCGGGGACUUUGGGGUUUCUUCGAUGGAACGGAGAAGAAGCCGGACGAUGAGAGCGGCAUCGCGGCAUGGAAGAAGAAGGACCAAAAGGCGUUCGCUACGUUGAUUUCGCGCAUCGGCAUCAAUCUCGUGAGCUCGGUGCGCAUGUGCAUCAAGCUCAAAGCGUCAGCGCAUGAAGCGUGGAAGCGGCUCGAGACCAUCCACGUGAACAAGACUCUCCACGGCAAGAUCCUAGCCCGGAAUGCUUUCUACACGGUGAAGAUGCGCGCGGGCGAAUCGAUGCACGAGUUUGCGACUCGUGUGGAGGAACUCGGGGAAACAUUCAUGGACCUCGGUGGAACGUGUCGGAAGCGGCCGAGCGAUUGGACUCCAUCGAAGGCGAGGAACCACGAGGGCAACGCGCACACGGCAUCCGGCGAGGCGGAUGAUACAAGGGAGUCGAUCGUGUUAUUGGCCGGUGACGGGAACAACACACCAAGCGACGCGUGGUUCCUCGACACCGGCGCAACGCAACACAUGACGCACUCGGCAUCGUUCCUCACCAACGUUGGUGCACCGCGAGACGUUAAGCGCGUCGUCUUCGGGAACAACAAGUCGCUACCCGUGGUCGGAGUUGGGAGUACGCGUCUCAUCGUCGAUGGCGGACCGGUGGACAUCACGAACGUGCUUCACGUCCCGGGGGUGAAGGUGAAUCUACUCUCCGUCACGCAACUCGCGAAGAAAGAUGUGCAGUUCACCAUCGAUGGCGCGACGAUGAACCUCUUUUGGAAGGGGAAGCAAUUUGCACAAGGCGUUCUCAACGGAGAACUCUACGAACUCAAGACGCACCCGAGAGCGGCUUCAUCCAACGUGGCGCAAGGUUCCAAGGCGACUCUCAAGGCGUGGCAUAAUCGACUUGCGCACGCCAACUACGAGUCGGUCAAGGAGUUGGUCAACAAAGGACUUGCGAAGGGAGUCAACGUGAUCGCCGGCAACGACGAGAAGGGCGUGUGCGCGGCAUGUGUAGAAGGAAAAAAUGGCUCACAAGCCAUUCGGUAG